AUGAGUCUGGUUUAUGAAUUUAUGGUCCUUUUGUUUUCACAUCUUGUGCCGCGUCUUGUGUUGGCGGGUGGAUAUGAGAAUAUGUACCAAGGAGAGUGUCCAGCUUCAUUUAAUUGUGGAUAUCUUGGCAAUAUCAGCUUCCCUUUUACUACAACACAACGCCAGGAUUGUGGCUUAUUGCCAAUAAAUAAUUGUCAUGAUGCAAUGAAGCCCAAAUCGAUCCAAUUUCGGGAUAAAGGGAAAUGGUUUGAGGUUGGAAUUGUAAAUCCUCCUGAGUUUCACGGUGGUAAUGCAACUUGUAGUUGUGUUUUCAGAGACCAUAAUCUCUACCAACUGCUACAAGACAAAAGUUGUGAUGCUUUCAAAAAUAGUUAUACUCUUCCUCCUACCUCUCACUUUGUUUCUUUACAUAUAGUAACUCAUGCAACCUUGUUCAGGUGCAACCGUUCACUCCAUGUAAACCCUCCAACAUAUAUGCAUAACUAUACAAACUGCCGUCUCUAUGAUUUCUACUACCAGCCUUACAAUAGUGCUGCUGAUAAUGCAUCUCAGAGUGCAUUUAAAGCUUGUACAAAGGCCCUGCUUCCAGCUAAAGACUUUGCUGACGCUAACGACCCUUUUACUUUCGUAACGGCUGAUAUCAUAACUCAAGUAAACGUAACAGAGGAAUGUGCAAAUUGUCACUACAACCAAAGAGGAUGUUGUCAACUUAACAGCAACGGGAGGUUUCAUUGUGCCAAUGCUAUGGUUCUAAAGCGAAAAGGGCUGACGCGGAAUGUUAAACUGGGUAUAGGUUUAGGUAUUGGAAUCCUGGGCAUCUUGCUCAUCUUGUUACUGUUUCUCCAACUCUACAAACGAAAACAUGCUAUCUCCGUUGGACACUUCCAAUCUAGUAACUCUUAUUCUGAUUCGUCCAUAAAUCCACGCAGAGAAAUUGGCAGUAAACACUUCGGAGUUCCAUUAUUCUCCUACGACGAGCUUAGAAAAGCAACAAACAAUUUUGACCAUACUAAAGAACUUGGAGAUGGAGGCUUUGGUACUGUCUACUUUGGGAAACUUCCCGAUGGACGCGAAGUUGCCGUCAAGCGUUUAUACGAACACAACUAUAGGAGAGUAGAACAGUUUAUGAACGAAGUUAAUAUCCUGACAACUUUGCGCCAUAAAAAUCUUGUGUCCCUCUAUGGCUGCACAUCACGGCAUAGCCGUGAACUACUGCUUGUGUAUGAAUAUAUCUCAAAUGGCACCAUUGCAAGUCAUCUCCAUGGUGAAUUGGCCAAGCCCAACUUACUACCAUGGUCUAUACGAAUUAAAAUUGCCAUAGAGACUGCUACUGCCUUGACUUAUCUCCAUGCUUCUGGUAUCAUCCACCGUGAUGUGAAAACCAGCAACAUACUCCUUGAUGACAAUUUUCGUGUUAAAGUUGCAGACUUUGGUCUUUCAAGAUUAUUCCCUGAGGAUGCCACUCAUGUUUCCACAGCUCCACAAGGGACACCAGGUUACCUUGACCCUGAGUAUCACCAAUUUUAUCAGCUUACUAGCAAGAGUGAUGUAUAUAGUUUCGGAGUUGUUUUGAUUGAGCUAAUAUCAUCUAAGCCUGCCGUUGAUAUAAACAGAAGUAGGGAAGAGAUUAACUUGUCAACUCUAGCCACAAAGAAGAUUCAAGAAAGUGCAAUUGAUGAACUGGUAGAUCCUAGCCUUGGUUUUCAUUCAGACGAUGAGGUUAAUAGCAUGAUAGUUUCAGUGGCAGAAUUGGCAUUUCAGUGUUUGCAAAGGGACAAGGAAUUGAGACCUUCUAUGGAAGAAGUCUUGGAUGAACUUAGGAGAAUAGAGAGUGGGAGGGAUGUGGUUGAGGUUGUAGAGGAAGGGGAUGUUGAUGGCGUUGGAUCUUCACACGGUAAUGUAAAUCCACCACCAGCCUCACCUGAAUGGGAUGAAGUUGGAUUAUUGAGGAAUGUGAAAAAUAUGAAGCAUCCGUCUUCACCAAACACUGUCACUGAUAAAUGGGAAAGUAUUAGUACUACACCUAAUGCCAGUGCUUAA